GGGGUUGUCGCACACCGCGGCCACCGCCGCAGCAUCGUGCGCGCGCGCGGGCACAUGCUCUUUCUUGCCGCUCUUGCCGCGUUUUUGAGCAAGCGCCCGCCGCGCGUGGUCGCUGGCACUUCGCCGCCUGUGGUUCCCGCCUCCCCUCCGUUUGUGCGGGCGGCUAUCGGCGGACAACCGAUCGGAGAGCUACACGGUGGCACGGGCGAACGGACGGUCGUCAUGAUCGCUGCUAAGGCGAGCACGCGCCUGCUCCCGUGUCGCUCUCUGGGGCUUCUUACCCUUCCCUCCUGCGCGGUAGCGGGCGCAUCCAGGGGAAUUGCCGAGACUCUGGCGUUCUCCCCCACGGCAAUCUCCGCCAGCGAGCGGGGAGUUAUUCCCCGCGCAGUGGCCGUUGGCGCCAGCUGGUUCCCGCGAAGAACCCGACUAGCGCCGAACGCUAUUGCGCCACGUGGGUCGAUUUGGCGCCACAACAAAAAACAUUACAUGGCGGGAGCCACGGCGGUCGCUGCUGCGGCGCCCGAGCCGUCGCCUGAGCAGUCGGCUUCUGCUGUAGUGGAGCAGCAACCACCAGUUGUUGACAAGGUGAAGGUGGCACUCUGUCAGCUGCGGGUGACUGCAGACAAGGAAGCAAACAUUGCUCAUGCUCAUGAGUGCAUCGACCGUGCAGCAGCAGCAGGAGCUCAGCUGGUUGUCCUCCCUGUGAGUUCUGAUGCACAGCAGUGGAGGAGUAGGGUCAUCUGUUCGAUUCCGGAGAAGGGAGAUGGAAAGCUGUACAACACGAGUUGUGUGUAUGGCUCCAACGGCGAACUGCUUGGAAAGCAUAGAAAGGUACAUUUGUUUGACAUUUAUAUUCCUGGGAAGAUCACCUUCAUUGAAUCUGACGUAUUGGCAGCAGGAGACAGAUUAACCACAGUUGACACAGAGUUUGGCCGUAUCGGUGUGGGCAUUUGCUUCGACAUCCGGUUCCCUGAGAUGGCAAUGCUUUAUGCAGCGCGGGGUGCAAGGUUAAUCUGUUAUCCGGGCGCAUUCAACAUGACAACAGGACCUCUACACUGGGAACUUCUACAGAGGGCAAGAGCAGCAGAUAAUCAGGUCUUCGUGGUUACGUGUUCCCCUGCACGGGAUCCCAAUGGAAGCUAUGUUUGUUGGGGGCAUUCUUCGGUCAUAGGCCCGUUUGGAGAGGUACUGGCCACCACAGAGCAUGAGGAGGACACGGUGUUUGCAGAGCUGGAUUUCACAGAGAUACCACUGAGAAGGACAUAUGUGCCACUGAAGAAGCGACAUGAUGUUUACCGUCUUAUGGAUCUCAAGUACACCUAAUCUCUCUCUCUCUCUCUCUCUCUCUCUCUCUCUCUCUCUCUCUCUCUCUCUCUCUCUCUCUCUCUCNCACACACACACACACACACACACACACACACAAUGCCACACGUAUGUGUGGGGGGCCAGUCAAUAGUCUUGUUGAUUUGAGGAGAUUGCUUUGCCAGUCCACAGCAGUUUGCCGUGUAGCUAUGCCAUAUUGUAAUCUGGAAACUUGGAAUGAAUCUCUGAUUUGUUCAUUUGUAUCGUCGCAGGUGAUCUUUGUUCUCCUCUCUUCCAUUUGUUUGUUUCCUCUUAACAUCAUCAUCAUCAUCAUCAUCAUCAUCAACUGUAUUUUUUAUCUGCUCCGCGGUUCUUGCGGCAAAAGAGAUGAUGGGAGGAGGAAUAGGAAAGGAGGGCGUUGUUGCAAGUUAUGGUUGGUUGGUUUGUGACUUUCUCUAAGGUUCACGGUUGUCAUCGUUGUUGAUUGGUUUGUGGCUUUCUCUAAGGUUUAGGGUUUUCAUCAGAUGAGGGGGAAGUGGACUGUCGUGGGUUUUCGUCACUGUCUGCAUGAGAAGAGCAAUGAAGCUGAAUCAAGUAGUAUGAACUUUGUAGUAGUAUGAACUUUGUAGUAGUAUGAAGUAGUAUGAAGAUAGCAUGAAGAUAGCAUGAAGGUAGUAUGAACCUUGCACAUUGGCCCAGCAGUCCAGCACAGUCGACCGCAAAACGGCAACGAAUCUUGUAAUGCCUAUUUCUGAAACUUAAAACUGCGAAUACUGAAUUAUGCGAUUCAAUUUUAUUUUUAUUUUUUUCUGUUUUCUUCUUUGGGUACCUGUGUGAGCUGCUUGAUUUUAUUUGGGAAAAAAAAAAAAAAAAAAAAAAGAUCCCUUCUGGUGUCCUCCUCAUGUCUAACAAACACAUUUCUUUAUU